UCAAUUCUGUUUUUACUUUCAAACCAAGCUGCGUACUGGUGUCAUCGCUGCUCAUUGACGAUGGCUUUAACCCGGUUCGAGCGGUUUUUAAGCCGACUGCUUCGAGCUGUGAUGUGGAUGUUAUUCGCCGCUUUUAAGUUAUUUGCACCUCAGCAACGACAUGGAGUUUCGCGACUCCCACCCAUCACUAACCCACUUCUGCUGCUCUCAGCCAUGCAGCUUGCCCGAAAGAUUCGUCGGAAGGAAGUAACAAGUGUUGAAGUGGUACAGGCCUACAUUGACCGCAUUCAGGAAGUCAACCCACUUAUCAAUGCCAUGGUGAAGGACAGGUUUUCUGCAGCGCUUCAGGAAGCCGCACAGGUAGACAAACUAAUAGAGGAGGAGACAGGAGGAGAGGAUGUGUUGGAGGACAGGCUACCUCUACUUGGAGUACCCAUCACUGUUAAAGAGGCAUUUGCUCUGCAAGGGAUGCCUAACUCGACAGGACUGUUGAGCAGACGGGAUCUGGUUUCAGGGGCUGAUGCCCCAUCUGUUGCACUGUUGAAGAGGGCAGGAGCGAUCCCACUGGGUGUAACUAACUGCAGUGAACUCUGUAUGUGGCUAGAGUCCCACAACCACCUCUAUGGCAUCACUAACAACCCCUAUGACUUUGAGAGAAUUGCAGGCGGCAGCUCAGGAGGUGAGGGCAGUAUAUUAGGUGGUGGUGCCUCUGUGAUUGGAGUUGGGUCAGACAUCGGGGGUAGUAUCCGUAUUCCCUGCUUUUUUAAUGGCAUCUUCGGACACAAGCCAUCAUUAGGUAUCGUAAGUAAUGAUGGACAGUAUCCUCCCACCUCGGGACUGCAGAUGGGAUUUCUGUGUACAGGACCUAUGUGCCGUUAUGCAGAAGACCUGAUUCCCAUGCUAAGCAUCAUGGGAGGACCCAAUGCAAACAAACUGACUCUCACUGAUGAAGUAGAUUUGAAAAAGCUGAGAUUCUUCUCUGUUCCCCACAAUGGGGGCUCUCAUUUAGUCUCUCCAGUGGACCCACAGCUGCUUCAGGCACAGAAGAUGGUGGUCAAACGCUUAGAGGAAGACCUUGGGGUUAAGGUUCAAGAGCUGUUCAUCCCACAGCUCAAAUACUCCUUUCAGAUCUGGGGAACUAUGAUGGCUUCACCUGGCAAGGAUGGAAAGCCUCCCACCUCAUUUUCAGAGCUAAUGAGUAAAGGCGGGAAGAAGGUCUGGCCAGUCUGGGAGCUGUUCAAGUGGAUUCUGGGGUUUUCUUCUCACACGAUUGCAGCAAUAGGUCUGGCUCUAGUUGAGCUAUUCCAGAGUUCUCAUCCAUCUUCAUUCAUUAUACAGCAGAAGGAUAGUCUGCAGCAGGAUUUGGAGAAGUUACUAGGCACAGAUGGAGUGCUGCUGUACCCCUCUCAUCCACAGAUUGCCCCAAAACACCACCACCCAGUUUUCACGCCCUUCAACUUCUCGUACACUGGUAUCUUUAAUAUCCUGGGUCUGCCAGUGACCCAGUGUCCAUUAGGGCUGAGUGAGGAGGGUUUGCCCCUGGGCGUACAGAUUGUGACAGGUAAGUUACAGGACCGUCUCUCUUUGGCCACCGCCCUCUACCUGGAGAAAGCUUUUGGUGGCUGGAAGGAACCAGGCAAGACAACAGCCAAGCCUUAAUCCAUCUUUAUCUGCAACAACUGGACUACAUAACCGACCACACGUACUGUACCACAUUUACAGCAUGUCACUAUCCAAAGCUUAGUUAUGUUUGUUCUGCUUUCUAAGUGCAGAAAGUAUUUUACAUUAACUGACAUGUUUCCGAGGGCUUCAUUUGUGUUUACCUUGAUAUAUGAAAACUUGAUUUUAUUCAUAAUAAACUGGAUGAUUACAUGAGACAUUUAGUAAAUUUAUAAGUAUGUGAGAAAUACUGCAAUUCAUAACAGUACUUUUUUUUUAAAAAAACAUUCAUGCACUGAAAAGAAUGAUGUUUGAACAAGCAUUUGUGCUGUUCUUUGUGUCCUCUUAACAAGCUUUUCAAGAGCAGACUCUUUCUGAUAAACCUGUUUUAUGAUUAGAAUAUGCCAUAAGCAGGCUUUAGUGUUUUAGAAGGAAGAAGUUUUGUUGCACUCAAAGGAUGUAAAGCAAUCAUAUUUACAAGUAAAUAACACACUGGAAUAUUUUAAAUGUUGGGCAUUGGUGCAUUUUUGUUUUCUUAGCCUUUAUUACUCAUUUUGUUGUGGUUUCUCUGAAAGAUCUGUUCAAACAUUGCUGACGUAUUAAAUAAAUUACCUAAAGCAGUAAGACUAAAUAAAAAAUACUCUUUUAA